AUGACAACUUCUCCGCUUUCGAAGUUAAGUAGGUAUGAGCAAGGAACAAAUCUGUAUGUGAAGAAUAUUGAUGAUAUUGUGAAUGAUGAGAAGCUCAAGGAGAUGUUUGCUGAGUUUGGUGAUGUGACCUCGAGCAAGGUCAUGAUGAAUCCAGAAGGUUUAAACAAAGGAUUUGGUUUUGUUUCUUACUCCAAACCUGAAGAAGCUUUAAGAGCUAUGAAUGAAAUGAAUGGGAAGAUGAUAAGAAGAAAGCCUCUUUACACUGCUUUUUCUCAACGCAAGGAAGAGAUGAGGACUCAUCUUCAGACCAUGCUUUCUCAUAUGUGA